AUGGAGUUUGAUGAACACGAGGAACAAGAAGAGGAGGUCGGAAUUCAGCUUCCGCCGGGUAAUUACGAUGGGGUUGGGAAUUCAGGUAGGGGGAGGGAAGUGAGGAAAAGCGGAGGCGGUGGUGGUGGGUUCCGGUAUCGGGAGUGUUUAAAGAACCACGCUGUAGGCAUUGGCGGACACGCGGUGGAUGGUUGUGGAGAGUUUAUGGCUGCCGGAGAUGAAGGUACUUUGGAUGCACUUAAAUGUGCCGCCUGCAAUUGUCAUCGGAACUUCCAUCGUAAGGAGAUCGAAGGUCAACAACGACAACAUCAGCAGCUGCAGCAGCAGCACCAGGCUGCGUUACAGCAUCAGUACAUGACACCACCGCCAUACUACCAUCCUCAUCACCGACCGACCGGAUACUUGCAUAUGACGCCGGCUCCGUCUUCUCACCACCAGCGUCCGCUAGCUCUACCGUCUACAUCCCGAGAGGAUCUGGAAGAGAUCUCAAAUCCUAGCUCAAGCGGAGGCGGAGGUGGAGGCGGACUCGGUGGCGGUGUCGGCGGUGGAAGCGGUUCAAGAAAGCGUUUCCGAACAAAAUUCACUCAGGAUCAGAAGGACCGGAUGCUGGCGUUCUCCGAGACGUUAGGGUGGCGGAUCCAGAAACAAGACGAGGCCGCCGUACAACAUUUCUGCGCGGAGACCGGCGUCAAACGCCAUGUUCUCAAGGUCUGGAUGCAUAAUAACAAGCACACAAUUGAUCCAUCUUAA